AUGGCCACGGAAUCAAUCUUCGUCGCGCCACCACGCACCUCCGCGCCGCCCAUCCCUCCGUCUCACCGCGCCAACGAUCUCGUUCAUUCCCCCCUCACCCGUAGUCGCGUGACGUGCCGUCGUGACGCCUCAGCAUGGCACGAGCUCCCUCGUUGCACGCGUAUGUUUUCGUCCGGCAGCUGUCUCUUCGCCAUUGGCCACUUCGACAUCCGCGCCCUCUACAUCCCCAUGUCCGACCGCUCCACGUGGCGGCAGCUGGUUCGCCGAGUCGCACCGCUCAUACAGCAGGCAGCCAAUGAGGAGGACGCCGAGGAGCGGGGGGCCAGUGGGGACAGAAGGGGCAGGGAGGCAGCACGGGAGGGAGCGCGGGAGGUGACGGUGAUGGCGGAGUCGUUUGGGGCGUGCCUGGCUCUGCGCAUUGCUGCUGCCAACCCCGGCCUGCUGCACCGCGGCCGCCUCGUGCUCGUGAGUGAGAUGCAUUUCCUCCUCCGCUGCCUGCCUUUCCUCCUCCACUGCCUGCCUUUCCUCCUCCGCUGCCUGCAUUUCCUCCUCCGCUGCCUGCAUUUCCUCCUCCGCUGCCUGCCUUUCCUCCUCCGCUGCCUGCCUUUCCUCCUCCGCUGCCUGCCUUUCCUCCUCCGGCUGCUUCCUCCUCCGCUGCCUGCCUUUCCUCCUCCGCUGCCUGCCUUUCCUCCUCCGCUGCCUGCCUUUCCUCCUCCGCUGCCUGCCUUUCCUCCUCCGCUGCCUGCCUUUCCUCCUCCGCUGCCUGCCUUUCCUCCUCCGCUGCCUGCCCCACGCGUUUUGUUCCCAGUGGGUCUCCAUUCUAGCAUCAUGCAUGCUGGGCCGGUCGCACACCCGCUACCAUCCCUCUCAUCUCCCUUCUUCCUCCCCCUUUUACCCCCUUCCUUCUUUGGCCGCUUCCCCUUUUCCCCCUUGCGCCCUUGUCCCCUUCCCCCGUGCCCCUUCGCCCCUUGCACACCACUGAUGCCAUGCCACUCAUCACCAUCCCGUGCCAAGCAGAUCAACCCAGCAACGGCCUUCCCCACCAACAACCCGCUCGUCAGCCUCUCCUGCCCUUUUCAUGUGCCCCCUCGCUCCCCUCGUUCCCUCGUCCCCUUCCCCCACACCUGCCCUUCUAACCUCGUGCCAAGCAGAUCAACCCAGCAACGGCCUUCCCCACCAACAACCCGCUCGUCAGCCUCUGUGUUGCCACGGGCCUGCUUGCCUUCUUCCCGCCGCCGCUCUACGAAUUCGCCCAGGACUUUUGCGGUGCCCCAGAAGGCGUUUAUCCGACAAAAUUCUCAUUCCGUGUGCCUGCCUGCCCUCACAUGCCAGGACGUGGCGCUGCCUCUGCUGGUGAAGCGAAGCCGGGUCCAACCUGCUGCAGCAGCAGCCGGCACUAGCGUGGGAGGAGGGGAGGCGUCACUGCGCGUGCUGUCUCCCAUCGACUACGUGCCGGCGGCGUGUGCGUCGUGGCGGCUCUCUCUGCUGAACGACCAGUCUGGGCUGUCUGAUGCCGUGCUGCGCUCCAUCCACGCGCCCACCCUGCUGGUAGGAGGACUCUUGACCAUGGUAGAGUAG